AUGUUCUUGAAUUUAUACAGUAUUUAUACCUUAGUAAUUAUUUUAAUCAAUAUUAUAAAGCAUACAUCUAAUUCACCGUUACAUUCAAGAAAUAAUGUGAAUUCAAUUGAUCAUUUUAAAUUUGACAAUAUAAAUAAUGAUGAUUUAUUAGUACAUGAUAUAUUACCUUACAUUCCAACAUCGGUUGAGCCGUCGUCGUCAUCAUCGUCAUCAUCAUCAUCAUCUAUUUCAUCAAUACCAGAAGAAGAAGAAAUAUUACGUUUACAAUUAGCAUUAGCUUUCCAAGUUGAUUCAGAAGUGAAUAAAGCAAAACAUUUAGAGAAUGCUGCUAGUGAAUCAAUUCAACAAGCUGAUUUAUUAAAUAAAGCAGCUGAUGAAGCUAAAUAUCGUGCUCAAGUUGUUGGAGAAAUGUUGAACUCAUUAAAACAAUCAUGGAAUAAUAAUAAUAAUAAUAAUAUCAUUGAUAAUUUUUCAAAUGAUGAUAACAUUCAUGAGAAGAGAGCACUUAUAAAAGUGCCGAAAAUAAAUCAAGACUAUUUACUUGAUGAAGAAGUAGGCGGUCAAAUCAUUACUGAUUAUAAUGAUAAUAGAGAAAAACGUAACCAAGAACAUCGUGAACAUCAUCAUCAGCAGCAGCAGGAGCAUCAGCUUUAUUAUAAUAUGAAGAAAAAGAGAAAUCUUUUCCCUGUACCUGAUUCACAUAAUAAAUUACAUGUUCAACACUUAUAUGAUUACCCUCUUUAUGGUGAUGGUGAUGGUGAUGACGACGACAAAAUUAUAAUACUAAAUGAUUCUGGACGAAAUAUUAAAAAAAAAUUAACUUUAGAAAAGAUACGUUUAUUAAUUUUAAGACAAUUAAUAAAACAACAAAGGGAAUCAGAAGAAAAAGAAAAAAAAGAUCAUGAACAUCAUCUUCGUCAUUAUGAUCGUUCACAUGAUAACAAUAAUUAUGAUUAUCUACAACUUGAUAAAAAUGUUAUCCCAUUACAUAUUAUUGAUCAAUAUCCAAAUCUUUAUAAUGAUUUACAAACAUGGAAAGAAUUACAUAAUCAACAUGACAAUGAUCAUAUUGAUAAUAAUGAGAUCAAUAUCGAUAUAAAUAAUGAUAAUGAUAAUAAUGAUGAAAAGGAUCAUUAUGGAAUAAAAUAUCAUUUAUGGAAAGGAUCUCAUUUAAAUUCAUUAGAUAAUGAUGAUUCAAUAAUAUUUAAAUAA